AUGCUCCUCACACACUUCCUAACCCCCCUCUUCCUCCUCAUAACUAGCACCCUCGCCGCAUCCGACUAUCAAGACUCCCUCGCCUGCGCCAAGAAGAACCCAUCCACCAACGCCGCCAUUUCCAAAUUCUGCAACAAGAAGGGUCCCAACGGCGGGCUGAUCAACGACAUCACUGUCCCUGGCUCUCGCUCCUCAAGGGGAGUCUCAGUCGACGGGAUUCGAAUCCGCUUGACGGGAGAUUGUACCCCGAAGCAAUGGGUCCCAUUGCAGUAUUGUCAGACGCAGCUGCACGAGAUGUGUGCAUUGAGCCCACACAAGAAGGGGUUCUACACGAGGAGGUAUGGAAGGGGCGGUUGUCAGAUUUGGAGUAUUGAGAGUGCGAACUAG